AUGAUGGGUCGGCGUAAUUCUGAGAAUAAUGACAGGCGCACAGAACAGUUUAGAAAGCUUUUCAUCGGUGGACUGACUCCGCAAACAACGGAAACAAUGCUGAAGGAUUUUUAUUCACAAUGGGGGGAGAUUGUCGAUGUUGUCGUUAUGAAGGACAGCGCUUCUCACAGGUCUCGCGGGUUCGGAUUCAUAACUUACAAGGAGCCGGAGAUGGUUGACACUGCUCAAUCCAACCGACCGCACGAAAUUGAUGGUAAAAUCGUGGAAGCAAAGCGUGCAAUGCCGCGUGAGGAUUCACAAACGCCGGAAUCUCACAUGACCGUUAAGAAGCUAUUUGUUGGUGCCCUAAAAAAGGAUGUCACUCAAGAAGACCUUCGCGAUUACUUCAGCAAAUACGGUAAUAUCGUGGAGUGCGAGAUUGUAACAUGGAAGGAGACUGGAGAGUCCCGGGGAUUUGGAUUUGUGACGUUCGAUGACUACGACCCGGUCGACAAAGCUAUCUUAUACAAGCCACACCAUAUUGGCAAUAGCCGGGCGGAUGUGAAGAAGGCACUAAGUAAGGAGCAAAUCAACGAAACGAAAAGAAAACGAGAGUACAGAAUGGGAGGUCGGUAUGAAGGCGGCAAUGGAUACGGUCCAGCACCCUAUGGAUAUGACCAGGGUUACGGCGGUUACGGUUCUCCUGGUGGCUAUGGACCCAGUGGAUAUGGCCAUGGUGGAAGUGGAUAUAGUGGUAUGGCGUAUGGUGGAGGUUGGGGCAGUCAGCACAAUGGUGGUUGGGGCCAGGGAGGUAUGGGUGACGGUUUUGGUCAAUACGGGAGUCAACAAAGUCACGUUGGUGGUCCUAUGCGCUCGGGUCCUCCGGGUGGUGGAUAUCCACGAAGUGCGCCCUACGGAGGUGGGUUAUUGAGUUUGCUAAACUUCAUCUGA